UCCCGAUUCCACAUCACCUUAGACAUGGCAGCGCCCGCUCAGUUCAUUGAUUAUGUGGCUGCAGAACGGCUUGCUACGUCGUUCGAUGUUGGGGCGGCGAUGCUAUUGGUAUACGACUGCUCACUGACGUUGGGCAUGGAGAUUGAGUUUGUGUGGUCAUCGCCAUGGGGGUUUAUGACAGUGCUUUAUAUCGUUCAGCGAUAUUUGCCUUUCUGUGACGCGAUUUUUCUCUGUCUGCCUCCCCAAUUGGCGGCAAAUAUCGACCCACAUGGCUGCCUCAUUGUUAAUAUGAUACGAGGGUGGUUGAUGAUUUUUGGCUGGAUUUUGUCUGAAGGUGCGAAUUCUCUUCAUUUUAUUAUGGUAUAUAUGGUGUCCCUAAUAAUGGCUAUUCCUAGCAAUCUUGACCCUACGCGUAUGGGCAGUAUGGAAACGAGAUCGGCAUAUUGGUGUCUUUCUGAUAUCCCUAAUUACGCUCGCAACCGUGGCGGAAAUAUAUGUGACGAGAAUCUUCCUUCUCGACCUGCGAUUACAAAGCCAUACCCAGAAUUUGUCGGUUGCUUUUUCACCAGUGCAAACCACAUCGUGUACGUGAAUUGGGUUGUAUUCAUGAUUUACGAAGCUGUAAUACUGGUCCUGAUGAUAAUUCCUGGAAUUGCUUCCUAUCGGCGAGGAGGGAAUGCUGAUCUGCAUCACGUCAUAUAUGGCGAAGGAAUAAUAAUGUAUAUCUACCUUGUUGGUAAGCGACGGUCGGCACGACACAUUCAUUGUGCUAAAGCAGCAAAAGCCCUUUCAAUAGUCAACGUCGUAGUCGUGUGUGCGCUCUCUAGAGAGUAUCUCGCCGUUAUUGCUACUGUGGAACGCGUACUCCAUGCACUGUUGACGAGUAGGGUCGUGCUCCAUCUUCGAGAAUACAUAAAAAUGCGCCAACCAUCGUGUACCGAUGGUCUUACAGACCUACACGUUGACCUGGAUGCUAGCCAACCGAAAAGCCGAUUGCAAAAACGAUGGAGAGUAUGA